CACCAAGCGAGCAAGUGACCAAGCCCCCCCUUCCCCUCCUCCUCCUUAAUCUAUCGCCAUGGUUGCCCGAGCUGCCGCGAAGAAAAGCUCCGUCUGGCUGAGCGACCCCUCCACGUACCCUCUGCUCGCCGCCUUGGGCGUGGCCACCGUCAUGUGCCUAUCGACGGGCGUGCGCCACCUGACGGCCAGCCCCGACGUCAAGUGGAACCGCGAGGUCCGCAAGAACCCGGACAUGGCGCUCAGGGACCGCUCGGACUGGCGCUCGCACCGCAAGUACAUCUCGGAGCUGCAUGCGAACGCCGUCAACGCGUACCACGACAAGAAGUAGGCUUCGGAUCCUCUUCCGCCGUCCCCUAUCAGCCCACUUCAGUGCUCACGCACCUCAUAACCAAAAACAUCAGUAAAAGCACAUUGUGUUGGCCUUC